AUGGCGUCCUCCAUGUCCAUGCCUUUCCGCCGCCCCUCUCGCCAGGGCUCCCGCCAGGCCUCCAUGGAUGCCCGCGAGGACAUCCAACCCCACCAGGACCACUACAUUGGAAUUGAUGUCGGCACCGGAAGCGCACGCGCCUGCAUCAUCGACAGCAAAGGUGACAUUGUCGGAUUGGCCUCAGAGAACAUCGGUCUCUGGCAACCCCAAACCGGUUACUAUGAACAAUCCACGACCGACAUCUGGCGGUGCAUUUGCCUGUCCGUUCAGCGCGCCAUCAGCCAGCACAACAUCGACCCCCAGACCGUCCGCGGUAUCGGUUUCGACGCAACCUGCUCGCUGGCUGUGUUUUCGACCGUCACUGACGAGCCCGUCUCCGUCACCGGCCCCAAUUUCGAUUCAGACCGCAAUGUCAUCCUCUGGCUGGACCACCGUCCCGUCGAGGAGACUGAGAAAGUCAACGCGACCAACCACAACCUGCUGCGCUACGUCGGCGGCAAGAUGUCCAUUGAAAUGGAGAUCCCCAAGGUCCUGUGGCUGAAGAACAACAUGCCCAAGGAAGUCUUUGAUCAGUGCAAGUUCUUUGACCUUGCCGAUGCGCUGACCCACAUUGCUACCGGAAAUGAGAAGCGGAGCUUCUGCAGCGUCGUCUGUAAGCAGGGCUAUGUCCCGGUGGGCGUGGACGGCAGCGUCAAGGGCUGGCAGGAGGAUUUCCUGAAAGAGAUCGGACUGGAGGAUCUGAUGGAGGACAACUUCAAGCGCAUGGGUGGUGUCGACGGGGUGAAUGGUGAUUAUCUCAGUGCCGGUGAACUGGUGGGCACUCUCUGCGAGAAGGCCGCCUCCGAACUAGGCCUUCCGGCCGGCAUCGCCAUCGGUAGCGGCGUCAUCGACGCAUAUGCCGGCUGGAUCGGCACCGUUGGCGCCAAAGUCAACCUCGAAUCAGAGCAAUUGAGCGCCGACGUCGCGAAGAACGACAAGACGCAGGCCUUCUCGCGCCUCGCUGCCGUCGCCGGCACGUCAACCUGCCAUCUCGCCAUGUCGCCCGACCCCGUGUUCGUUCCGGGCGUGUGGGGACCGUAUCGGGACACCAUCCAGCCGGGAUACUGGAUGGCCGAAGGCGGGCAGUCGGCGACAGGCGAGCUGCUCAAACAUGUCAUUGAGACGCACCCUGCGUUCAACCAGGCCCUGUCCAUCGCCGAGUCCUACAACGCCAACAUCUACGAAUACCUGAACGAGCAUCUAAAGGAGAUGGCCCAUGACCGCAAGGUCCCCAACGUCUCCUACCUAGGCCGCCAUCUCUUCUUCUACGGCGACCUCUGGGGCAACCGGUCUCCCAUCGCCGACCCGAACAUGGCGGGCGCCAUUGUUGGUCUGACCAGCGACAAGUCCGUCGACGGUUUGGCGCUUUACUACUACGCCACGCUGGAGUUCAUCGCCCUGCAGACCAAGCAGAUCGUCGAGACCAUGAACAAGGCCGGCCACAGCAUCACCUCCAUCUUCAUGUCGGGAUCGCAGUGCCAGAAUGACAUCUUGGUCGGCCUGGUCGCCUCAGCCUGCCAGAUGCCCGUCCUCAUCCCCCGGUACAUCCACGCCGCCGUGUGCCAUGGCGCUGCCAUGCUCGGCGCGAAGGCCGCCAGUGCCGAUGCCGAGGGCAAGACCGAGGACCUGUGGGAGAUCAUGGAUCGCAUGAGCAAGCCGGGCAAGAAAAUCAUGCCGACCAACGACCCGAAGGAGAAGGCCCUCCUGGAAGCCAAGUACAAGGUGUUCCUCGAGCAGUGCUACAAGCAGCAGGAAUAUCGGGCGCUGGUGGACAAAGCCCUGGAAUCGAACUGA